GUGCUGCGUGUGGAAGGAAGAGUUUAGAGAGAGAGAGGGUUGGCAGAUGGUUUGAGUCUACUCACUGGUGCCUUAGGGGAGCUGCUGUAAACACACUCAUACGCACCGGCCAUUCUUGGCGUACAGUACCCCACUGUUUGUCUAACUCUGAAAUGGGUCAAAUUUUCAAGUCUUCUCUACUGUGAGUGGAAAUCAGUGGUGGAUUUUUGUUGUUGUUAUUUUGGAGUGAGAAGGAGAGCAGUUUGUGUGUGUGUGUGUAUGUGUGAGUACGUCGUCGAAGGCAGGUUUUAGCCAUUUUGUGGUGUUCCUUCAACAGGGGGCCCCACGGCACUGAGGCGAUAGAAUGUCCAAGCGGCAAAGUGCAGAAGUGCAGGAGCCCUCUCCAGGGAAGAAGGCCCGGCAGCUGUCAAGCACCGAAGACCAUAGGGAGAGAAGUGACAGGGUCCCACGGGACUGUUGUUUUACCCCUACCAAACAAUACCAAAGGGACAACAGACUCACCACGACACUGGGUAAUAAAGCCACACAGUCAUGGGGCAAAAGUGUACCGGAAGUCAGCUGUAGCCUGUCUGGCCGGGAGAGCAGCCAGACUGCCCCCUUACAACACGAAGACGAACACCCCGUCAGAGCGAGACAGUAUUCGCUGUAUUCCUCCUCCGUAGAGAUGGCAGUCCCCAGACCCCCUCCUGUUGACUCUCCAAAGAAAGGGAAUACCAUGGUACAAAUAGACUCUAGGAUUGAAGGCAAGGUACCCAGACCAUGUAGUGAGCGCUGUUUGGACGCCGAGAGAAAUAGGCAACCAAGAUGGCCAAAGUCACACAAGCGGGUGGAAAUAGAUACAAUGUGUCAGGCGAUUACAUUAGGACACAGUAAGUCAUGUCAUUCAAUAAGCAGAAAAGCAGCAGCAGCCCAGAGCUCUUCCAGAGAUAGGGGACGAAUACUCUGCACGGAGAGAGAUACCAGUAUGAGUCCUUGUAACAGUUUUACUCGAACCUGUAAAAGAAUUAGACUCAAAGGAGCCGACAAAGUAUGGCACCUCCGAGCCGGAGGCAGGUGGUUGUCCGGUGGACAGAUGGGGGUCCCCUUUGUGGAUUUGUUGGGAUGA